GCGGGCGGCGCNCGCCAUCGCCGCCCGCCCCGCCGGUCACGUGCCGGCCGCGCGGGCCGCCCCGCCCCGCCGUGACACACCGCCCGCGGUCACGUGGGGCGCGCGCGAUUCCGCUUCCGCUGUGGCGCCCCCUGGCGCCUCCUUGGCCCCGCGUUUCCCGCCUCGCUUCGCGCUCCUCGGCCUUCGCGUCCCGGCGAUGGAGGCGGCGGCUCCGGAGGGCGCCGAGCCGGGGAGCGGCGGGAGCGGCGCGGAGGAACCCGUGGUGUCCCUGGCGGAGGUGCUGGCGGAGAACGAGGAGCUGGAGAAGGAAGCGCGGGCCGUGCUGGGGGGCAGCGACCACGAGCGCUGCAGUUACCCGCAGGGCGCCGUGAAGCGGCAGGCGCUGUACGCCUGCAGCACCUGCACGCCGCCCGGCGCCGAGCCCGCGGGCAUCUGCCUGGCCUGCAGCUACGAGUGCCACGGCACCCACCGCCUCUUCGAGCUCUACACCAAGAGGAAUUUCCGCUGUGACUGUGGAAAUAGCAAGUUCAAAAAUCUGCAGUGCAAGUUACUCCCGGAAAAAGGCAAGGUGAAUUCAGGAAAUAAAUAUAAUGACAACUUCUAUGGAUUGUACUGUACCUGUAAAAGACCUUACCCUGAUCCUGAAGAUGAGAUUCCAGAUGAGAUGAUCCAGUGCAUAGUUUGUGAAGACUGGUUCCAUGGAAGGCAUCUUGGUGCAGUUCCCCCUGAAAGUGGAGACUUCCAUGAAAUGGUGUGCCAGGCCUGCAUGAAACGUUGCCAUUUCCUGUGGGCCUAUGCAUCACAAUUAGCAGUUCCUCCUUUGACCAAAGCAAGCUCCCUUGAAGAUGAAGGGAUUGUCCUGAAGGUAGAGGAAAGUGAAGAGCAGAAGAAAGAAAUAAAAAAAGAAAGUGGAGUGGAACGCUGUGACACAAAGGAGGAAAAGCAAUCAGAACAAUUUAAUGAACCAUCCACUAGCUCUGGGUCUGCCUGUCCUGAGGUAGUUACUAAGAGUGAGGAGCCAGUGUGCAAGCUGAAAGAGCUCCAAAGCAAGCCAUUUGUAAAAAAAGAUACUGCCACCUUUUGGCCAUCGAACUGGAGGAGCAAAUUAUGCACUUGUGAAGACUGUUUGAAAAUGUAUUCAGAGCUUGAAGUCCAGUUCCUGACAGACGAAUGUGACACUGUCUUGGCUUAUGAAAAUAAGGGUACCAGUGAUCAAGAGACAGAGAGGAGAGAUCCUUUAAUGGACACCCUUAACAGUAUGAACAGAGUCCAGCAAGUGGAACUCAUCUGUGAAUACAAUGAUUUAAAGACAGAACUGACUGACUAUCUCAGGAGGUUUGCAGAUGAGGGAACGGUGGUUAAAAGAGAAGACAUUCAGCACUUCUUUGAAGAAUUUCAGUCUCGGAAGAGGCGACGGACUAACCGGAUGCAGUACUACUGUAGUUAGACUGAGAGGGUUUGGGUCUGAAAGGACACAUGGCAAAGCAAUGUUCACUGGCAAACAGAAAAGGCAUCUUCAGUUUUUGGCUUCUCAUCAAAAUCCAGCUGUCCAACAAACAUCAUCAUUUUGUCUUAUACGUCCUUCAUUUGUAGCACCUAAAACAUGUUCUUAACAAAUCCUUACAUUGCACGUAGAGGGAUUUCAGUACCGAUGGACUCGGCAUUCCCGGGAAAGCCGGCCCUGUCUCCAGGGGAGGAGGGCGGGUACCGGAGCAGCGCGUCCUGCUGCUCCCCGUUCUCCGCUCCCCUGGUGACUGCCGGGGCCUGGAGCCGUGCCUGUGCUAAACCCGCCCUGCCCUGCCCUGCCCUGCCCUCCCCUGGGUGGCAGGGAGCCGCUUUCCUGCUUGAGUGGCUCUGCCUCCUCCCUUGGGGCUGCAGCGAUUCCCGUGUGGGCCCGGCAGGAGGGAGCUGCCGGCUCCUGCCCGCUCCCGCUGGGGAAUCGCUCCCGGGGCUGCUCACAAACGGGAAAGCAGGCCUAGGCUUGAUGCAACAAUGUUCCCUCUGGUUCUAUACAUUCAAAAACCUUAUUUCUAGUAUUGGACAGGGAUGAUUUCUGUGGUAAAAAAAGUUUCAGAUUAUCUUAAUUUGCUUAUCAGAACAUAAGAGCUAGGAAGAGGUACUAAAUUACAAACUAAGCGUCGGGGGGUUUGUUAUAUGCUUUGAUUUUAAAAAUGAGCUUACAGCAAUUUCUUCUACUUUAUAAAUGUUGCUAAAAACACUGCAGCAUCCUGGUAUUUUGCUACAGUAUGGAAUGUUCUUUUUAUAACCACUGUGAUAAUCAUGGGACAGGAGAUGUUUCACUGACUUUUAAGACUACACAUAGCUGCAAUUAAAAAUUAAGAUUUUGUAAGUUUGGAGCCUAAUGUAGUUAGACCCCCAAAACAUACAUUAAAUUUCUAGUUUUUGAGAA